AUGGAAAUGGUUCCAUUAACCGAAAGGAAGUGCAUUGAAAAUUCUAGAAUAUCUGGAGAAGGAAAAAUAUGGGGAGGGGGGAGUGAGAUAAGAAUUAACAUUAAAUUAAAUGACAUUAAAUUUAAAUUUCCUCCUUCCCUCGAUGCCCACGACCGUCGCACUCUGGUAGUCAGCGUAGCGGCUCAAACCAUAGGCGCGCUCACUGGCAAUUCAUUUUUGACGGCUCCCAGCUCAAACAGUCAAGUGUCCUUAGAUAUCAUCAAGGCACUUAUCGAGGCCUGUUAUCGAGACCUAAGCUUGUUUUCAAAAUAUGUCGUCCGAAUCCUUAACAUGUUUGUCGUUUUUGCAAACUAUCAUGAUGGAUCAACUGUGGGCGUAAAUUCUGAAUUUACCGUGGACUACGAACGUCUUGUCCAGAAAUUUGCUACAUUUUAUGAUCCCAGUGACAAUGAUGACCAAAAAAAACUACCCAGUAAAUUAUCGAAACGAAAAAGAAAAGAAAAUAUGGAUAUAGAUAUACUGAGAUAUAUUGGUCAGCGUGCUAUGCAUGCUGCGGUAACAUCACCCGCAUUAUAUGCUUCCGAUUUCGCAACACAGGUGGAAUUGAUUAUGCCACCCUUGAUUACUGCACUUGCUAACAUUGGUCAUCCUGUUGAUCCGACCAAGUCUGGACCUGCACCAACGAAUGUUCAUACUUGGAUUCUCGAUAAAAAUACAGUCGAUCUCUUGGCUCCAAAUAAAUUCGUGCUUAUGUCCAACAAAGCUAACGGCAGUGCUGUUAGAGCAACACUAAAACCACUCUUUACAUUUUUUGAUACCAAUCAAAAGUGGUGGCCUUCAAGUCUGGCUACUUCUUCAAUGGAACUUGCUUUUGAUUCUCUCAAGAUACAUAGAAGCUAUAACCGUUUUAUAGCCAAAGGAUAUUACCCAUUUGCAAUCUUUCUUCUCACUCUUAUUCAUUUGUUUUUAUUUUCUUAUCCCGUUGUCAUGGAUGCAAAUGAUAUUGAUGAUCAAGAUUUGAUAACCAUGAAGCUUCCUAUAGACUACUUGCCCGGUUUAGACAAGCCAACUAAAAUGGUUUUAAAACAUGCAACAGUCGUAGACUUUAUUGCAAAUACAUUGCUGAACGCACCGCCCAGAACAUAUACCGUAACAGAUGCAGAUUGGAACAACAUGAGGUCAGAUAUUGUUUAUCUGCCACGUUUGGAGACCAGUGGAUUACCACCAAUUUUAAUUGAAAUCCAAAACACACUCAAUGGGGUCUUUUUGCUGAGUGAUUUCGUACUCGCUUAA